AAGUUUCCCGCCCCACCCGUAAGAGUUGAGGUUUGACCAGCGCAAGUGAGAUUCUUGUCCCGGUUCCAGUUUUCCGUGGCUCCUCCUCCUGUCAUUGCAGGUGUUAUUCCUGGGACUCAGAUGGACCACACAGCCCCAACCUACAUGCUUGCUAACCUAACCCACUUGCAUUCAGAACAACUUCUGCAGGGUUUGAAUCUCCUUCGUCAGCAUCACGAACUCUGUGACAUCAUUCUUCGAGUAGGUGAUGUUAAAAUUCAUGCUCAUAAAGUGGUUCUUGCCAGCAUCAGCCCAUACUUCAAGGCUAUGUUCACUGGAAACCUGUCUGAGAAGGAGAACAGCGAGGUUGAGUUCCAGUGCAUUGAUGAAGCUGCGCUGCAGGCCAUCGUGGAGUACGCCUACACGGGGACAGUUUUCAUCUCUCAGGACACCGUUGAAUCUCUCCUGCCAGCAGCAAACCUGCUCCAGAUAAAACUUGUCCUGAAGGAAUGUUGUGCAUUUCUUGAAAGCCAGCUUGACCCUGGUAACUGUAUUGGAAUUUCCCGUUUUGCAGAGACAUAUGGUUGUCAUGACCUUUAUUUGGCGGCUACUAAAUACAUAUGCCAGAAUUUCGAAUCUGUUUGCCAGACAGAAGAGUUUUUUGAGCUUACACAUGCUGAUUUGGAUGAAAUUGUCUCCAAUGACUGCUUGAAUGUAGCUACCGAAGAGACAGUUUUUUAUGCAUUAGAGUCUUGGAUCAAGUAUGAUGUGCAAGAACGCCAGAAAUACUUAGCACAGCUGCUGAACAGUGUACGAUUACCAUUGCUGAGUGUUAAGUUCCUCACUAGGCUCUAUGAAGCAAAUCACCUUAUCCGUGACGAUCGUACUUGUAAACAUCUCUUGAAUGAAGCCCUAAAGUACCACUUCAUGCCUGAACAUAGACUCUCGCAUCAGACAGUCUUGAUGACGCGACCUCGCUGUGCUCCCAAAGUAUUGUGUGCAGUAGGAGGAAAAUCUGGACUCUUUGCCUGUUUGGAUAGCGUGGAGAUGUACUUUCCCCAGAAUGACUCUUGGAUUGGUCUGGCGCCUCUAAAUAUUCCUCGCUAUGAAUUUGGAAUAUGUGUUUUAGACCAAAAAGUCUAUGUUAUAGGUGGUAUUGAGACUAGCGUGCGUCCUGGUGUCACUGUCAGAAAACAUGAAAACUCAGUAGAGUGUUGGGAUCCUGAUACAAACACCUGGACUUCUCUAGAGAGAAUGAACGAGAGCCGAAGCACCCUUGGAGUGGUGGUCCUUGCAGGAGAACUUUAUGCUUUAGGUGGAUAUGAUGGACAGUCUUACUUGCAAUCUGUAGAGAAAUACAUCCCCAAAAUAAGACAGUGGCAACCGGUGGCCCCAAUGACAACCACAAGAAGUUGUUUUGCUGCGGCUGUUCUGGAUGGAAUGAUAUAUGCCAUUGGUGGAUAUGGCCCUGCUCACAUGAACAGUGUGGAACGUUAUGAUCCAAGUAAGGAUUCCUGGGAGAUGGUUGCUUCCAUGGCUGAUAAAAGGAUUCACUUUGGCGUCGGAGUUAUGCUAGGUUUUAUUUUUGUGGUAGGUGGGCAUAAUGGUGUCUCGCAUUUGUCAAGCAUUGAAAGAUAUGAUCCUCAUCAAAAUCAGUGGACAGUGUGUAGACCAAUGAAAGAGCCCAGGACAGGAGUUGGUGCUGCAGUAGUUGAUAACUACCUUUAUGUAGUCGGUGGUCACUCAGGGUCUUCCUAUUUGAACACAGUACAGAAAUAUGACCCUAUCGCAGAUACAUGGCUGGACUCAGCUGGCAUGAUAUACUGUCGCUGCAAUUUUGGAUUGACUGCACUUUGAGAAGUGUGAACUCAUGGACAUUGCACGUGGUGGUGCCACAGGAAAGAGUGCCCAGUGUCCUGAACCUGAAGGCUGCACUGCUUUCUCUGUAACUUGAAGUGGCAUGAAGACUCAAAGUCUUGUUGGGUACUUUGAACUGACAAAUAGUUUGUCUUGCUCUUGACUAUACAGUGAAUCAAUAAUUAAAAAACAAAAGAAAGAAAAAAAAAGGAAAGAUCUAACCAAUUUAAUUGUGCACUUUUCUCCACUAAGACUGGGAUAAACUAGUUUUUAUAUUCCUACAUUUAGGGAAAACCUUGCUGCUUUUUAAUUUGUUUUCAAUAGUUUAAGCUCUUCUUUCUUGAUCUGUAUCAUGAUUUACUAGGAUGAGAGAUGCUGCAGACCUUGGAGUGUAGCAAAUGACUGCACAGAGUGUGGCUAGUGAUUGUGGAAUGUAAAUUCAUAUGCUUCACAUUGUUUUUUUUAAAAGGGCUGCUUUUCCUUCGGGUACUUUUAAGGAUUGUAAAUAACAUGUCAGUCCUCUGAGGGCUCUUUCUGCUAGUUGAUUUUAGGGCUAAUAGUGUGAUAAGGUUGCAAAACAAUGGCUUUUAUUAUCAUGUUUAGGGCCCUGUUUUAAGAUAUAUUUAUUGUUUAUGCUUUUUCUAUAUGGACUGAAUGACCUCAUCUAUGCUUUGUAAAGCAUAGAGAGAGAAGUAAUCAUGUUGUCAGUUUCAGUUGUUUCUUCCUGUUACCCAGCAGGCUUUGGACAGUUAAUGUAAAUAUAUUUGAAAGGUGUUUAGUACCACCCUUGAUACAUAUUGUUUUUUUCAUAUAUUCUUAAUUUUAAUUUUUUUAAAGUUUUAAUUUUGUUUUCAGUGUUCAAAUAAAAAAUGGUGCUAACUGUAGGAUGUAUAACAAAGCUAUAACCAAUGUUAUUUGGAUGUUCAAUGUGAGAUGCAUGAUGUACUAUGAUGAUCUUUUUUAUUUUUACUGCUUGAUUUCAUCUGUGCUUUCGAAAAAUGUUAGUGAGUAUAUUAAUGUUAGCCUCCAACAUCGUCUGAAUGGCUUGAGUUAUACUCCCAUGGUUUUCAGUAGUGACGUAAAGAAUGAAGCUUUUUUUGUUCUGUUUUUCUUCCUGUUCUAGAAAUUCCUUGCCCUGCAGCACAGAACUACAUGCAGUGAAUACAGCUGCUAGGCUGGUGUGCAUUAAUUUGUUCAUUUCCGAGGUCACUAAGGAUUUUUAACUUAUUGAGGAAAACUGGAACUCGAUGUUUACUUGACUAAAUGGUUCUAAAUUUGGUUGUGCUUUGAUUAAAGAAACUAUCUUUCAAAACAAAACUGUUUGUUACAGCCACUGACAGCUUAUUUAAAAAGUAGUUAACUUAUUUUAGCAUGGUUUAGUAAACAUCUAUUAGUCUUAGACACAUUAACUUGCAUUUUGUUACUAUGUUGGUACGUGGAUUUUCGUAUUUAGUAAUUUUGUUUUCAUUUCCUUUAUUUUUUUUCUUUUUCACCUACCUACUCUCUCUCUUUAUAACUUCUACAAGACCAGUGAAUAUUUUUCCUAAGAAAAAAAGCUCAUCCUGCAUUCUUAAGUGCCAUACUAAUCUAUUGUUAAGAAGCCAUUUCUAAGUACAAAGCCUAGCUUUACCUGUUAGCAUAUAUGUUAUUAUUCAAAAACUAUAGUCAGGCAACUUGUAGUUUUUCUUGUUCUUCCAUGAACUACCCAUUGUAGAUUUGAGCAUAUACUAUGAAACUAUGUAAAAUCAUCUUUAGUCAUAAAGUAACCAUGCUUUACAAAUAUCUGCACAGAUUAUGAAGCCUUGCAAGUAAUUUUUAGUCUCUUUUAACUUAGAACUCAAGAUAAGCUAAUAAAAUCAACUAAAUAUUUUCUAUGUCGCUUAUUUGAAUACCUUAGUGACACAUAGCAAUAACUGUUUCAUUGAUUUGAACAAAUCUGUUGACUAGGAAUAAGGUGCACUAUUAUGGCUGACCUAAACCUUAGUUAAAGAAAAGCAUUUUAAAGUUGAUUCCAGCACAUACUCACUUUUAAAUCCCCAGCUUAGAUGUUUUUGUCUAUAUCAGUCAAAUUAUUAAAUGUAUUGUUACACUACUUUUCAUCUUUUCCUCCCAGAAGUGAAGUUAUGUUAGAUGCACACACGUCUGUUCUAAUCAUUCUCUUCCACAGUGCUCUCCUCGUUUAUGUUAGAUGCACACACGUCUGUUCUAAUCAUUCUCUUCCACAGUGCUCUCCUCGUAUACGUUAGACGCACACGUCUGUUCUAAUCAUCUCUUCCACAGUGCUCUCCUCGUCUAUGUUAGAUGCACACGUCUGUUCUAAUCAUCUCUUCCACAGUGCUCUCCUCGUAUGUGUUAGAUGCACACGUCUGUUCUAAUCAUCUCUUCCACAGUGCUCUCCUCGUAUACGUUAGAUGCACACGUCUGUUCUAAUCAUCUCUUCCACAGUGCUCUCCUCGUCUAUGUUAGAUGCACACGUCUGUUCUAAUCAUCUCUUCCACAGUGCUCUCCUCGUACAUUGUUUCUAGUGUGCAGUCCAUAUGAAAUACAUAGCCAUUUGGUAAGUUAGAUCAAAAGUACGUACUGACAAUUUUUUUUUUAAUCUUAAGUUUUAUCUUGCUUUAAAACUGAAGCAAAACAUCUUGGGCAACAGUAGGAUCAUGUUCUGUCAAGAAAGUACAGAGACAUACGAAGCAGAAGAAAUAGCACUCAGAAUUUAGAAAUACAUGUUAUCUUAGAACUCCUGUUCAUAGUAACCAGAGCUACUAUAUGUCCUGACACCUGGAAAGUUUACAACGGAGAUUUCUCUUCAAAUUUGAGAAGUUUCAUAUGAAUAUUGUGCUGGUAAGUUGCAACUGUAAAGCUCCAUGUUUCCUAUGCAAAAAAGGAUGAAAUGUUAGAUUAAAAAUCCCCAGGUUUAAUGUUUUUAGAAAAAUGUAUGUGUGCAUACAUAUAUGUAUAUAUACACAUAUGCAUUCAGUACCUAUUGGAUAUAUAUGUGUGCAUAUAUUCAAUUUAAAACUGCCCAGAAAUAUUUUGGAAAAGAGUGACAGGAAAAUAGAAAUCUGGUCAAUUGCAAUGUCACUUGUCUUCUAUAAUUAUGUCAAAGAAUGUGUAUGCGACAUUUGGCUAUUUAAUAUUUAUUGUAUGUAGUAAUAGAACUUUUUAAGGUAAGCCCAAAGGAUAUUUGCAAAUUUCAUGUAAUUGCUAAUAUUGCUUUAAAUAUGAAUGAAUAUCAAAUUAUAGGAUGUAGUAUCAAAUGAUAGGAAACUGGCACUUGGCUUUGAAAAGUUUUAGUAGCUGGGCAUAUGUGAUGGAUCUACUAUAUAUGUGUGAGACACCAUGUUAGGUGCUGUGGCGGCAUCUCCUGAAAUGUAGAUAGGUUACAUUCUUCCCUCAAAAGAGUGAACUGUAACGGAGCUCAUUUACUCCAGCAAUGAUUAUGAAGAUCUGUAACCUAACUCCUUAUUUCUAAAGUCAUAGGAAGGGACUUGAAGCGUCGUUUAUAUACAAACACACACUUAGUGUCCAGUUAGGUUUCGAUGACAUAAGCCAGACUUGUGGACAUUACAGUGUUUAUAGAAUCCAUGUGGGGUCUGCAGACAUGUAUCAUCAGUUAAGACUAACUGCUGCUCUUUCAGAGGACCCAGGAUUGGUUUCCAGGACCCAGAGCGGCACACAGCUGUGUUCCACAGCUCCAGAUCCAGGGCAUCUGAUGCCCUUUUCUGGCCUCUCUGGACAACCCCCCCCAUAUAUAUAUACACACAAAUAAUUCCUUGAGAAAAAAAUAUUUCCAUGUGUCUUGGUAUUGGAUGGUAUAUUUUCGAACGGAAAAACGAAACUAGGAAAGAACACACACAAACCCAUUUUCUAGAACAUCAUGGCUCUGGAUAACACUGAGGAAAAUACAUGUAUAUCUCAUGCUGGCUUCUGCUGUUUUCAGUUGCAGUGUUGGAUUCCUGGUAUUGUCACCAAAGUGCUCAUUUUUAGGAAAGUCAGAUUCUACAAUAAAGUUACUGCUUAAAGAUCAAUAAAUCUGUGAUAGCCUCUCUAGACUUUCAAUUCAGAAAGUUACACAGCUAUGUGACAUGUUACCAUCCUGUUCUGCUACUUAACCCUUCUUUUCCCACUACUGUAUACAGCAUUUUAAUUAGACAAGAUUUAAUGAGAUAAUGAUUCUGUGGCUGGGUAUUUAUUGGCUCUUCACUUCCAGUGUACUGAGUUCAGUGUUGAUAUUCACAUUUGCAAAAUAAAUUUAAUACAUUUUAAAUAGAAAACGUUUACAAAUCUUACUAGUGUGAAAAUGGUCAGAUAAAAAUCCAGUUUACAUCUCUGCAGAGAGAAAAAUUGUCACCCAUGUCUUUCAUAUUACCCACCCACGUGUCUUCUGCAUUUAAUUUUGUCAAGUUACCAUGUGUAAAGUCCCACAUAUUUUAAAAUACCAAGCAAAAAGUUCCAAGUUUGCCUUAAUAUACAUGUGAAAUUGAAGAACUGGAUGACAAUGCCUCUAUAUUUGCCUUAUGGAUUGUGUCGUGUCAUGAACCAGAGAUGGCUGUGAUUGUAACAGGAGUCUGAAGCAUUGUAGAUGUGGAGAACCAGCCGGUGUCCUCUGUUGCAAAGAGUGUGGUUGGUUGUUGGUAAGGUUCAUGUUGAAAUGUUUUUGUACCUGUGUUUUACCUCUGAAUAGAUAUUUUUAGCAUCAGGGUUUUAUUUUAUUUUUGUUUACAUAGUAAAGUGGCAUUUAACUUGUUGAAGAUUGUAUUUUUUUUAUUUUAUUUUAAGAGUUCUUUGUGCAUAUUAUUGUGGUAAUGCUCUGUAAUGGUUAUAGUUAUAUUUCAUUUAAUGUGAAGUGUUUAAAA